AUGACUGUGCUGACGAUAGCAGCCAGAUGGUUCAAUAUAGCAUUUAUAAAUGUACAUGUUCCAACGGAGGAAAAGGAGGAAGUAGAGAAAGAUGAAUUUUACUCAUUACUUAAUGUCUUGAAUGACAUACCAGCAAAUUGCAUUCAAAUUAUUCUAGUAGAUUUCAACGCGAAAAUUGGGAAAGAAAAUUUCUUUAGACCUAUAAUAGGUAUUCAUAGGUUACAUGAAGAAUCGAAUGACAAUGGAUGUAGACUAGUAGCUUUUGCCACAGAAAGAAACUUUAGAAUAAAAAGCACAAUGUUUAAACACAAAAAUAUUCAUAAAGUGAUAGACGUUAAAGGUGCACGAAGAGCUGAAUGUGAUACAGAUCAUAUAUUAGUGGUGGGUAAAUUGAAAAUUACACUCAAAAAGACACGUAAUUCAAAGAAAAUAGGACCUAAAGGGCGUUUUGAUGUUCAAAAACUUGAUGAGCCUAUUAUUCGUGAUGUUUACGAAUAG